CAAUCACAGCCCGCCCUCUCUCGAGCACCAGCCAAUGGGCGGCACGCUCGGACUGCUUCCGGCUCCGCGCCACCCUCGCCCCUUCCCCAAGUCUCCCCGCGAAGGGCGGGGCACAGGGGCGGGCGUCGGCCCCAGUGACGCGCGGCAGGCUAGGAGCCAAUGGGGGGCGGGUUCGGCGCUGAUGGACGGGGCCAGUGGCCAGUGGCGAGGCGCUGGCCGCACUUCCCGUCAGGGAGAGAGUGUAAUAUGGCGAAGACCUACGAUUACCUGUUUAAGCUGCUGCUGAUCGGGGACUCGGGGGUGGGGAAGACCUGUGUCCUGUUCCGCUUCUCUGAGGACGCCUUCAACUCCACUUUCAUCUCCACCAUAGGAAUUGACUUUAAGAUUAGGACCAUAGAGCUCGAUGGCAAAAGAAUUAAACUACAGAUAUGGGACACAGCUGGUCAGGAACGGUUUCGGACAAUCACAACGGCCUACUACAGAGGUGCAAUGGGCAUCAUGCUGGUCUACGACAUCACCAAUGAGAAGUCCUUUGAUAACAUCCGGAACUGGAUUCGGAACAUCGAAGAGCAUGCCUCUGCAGAUGUCGAAAAGAUGAUACUCGGGAACAAGUGUGAUGUGAAUGACAGGAGACAAGUUUCCAAGGAACGGGGAGAAAAGCUGGCCCUCGACUAUGGAAUCAAGUUCAUGGAGACCAGUGCAAAGGCCAACAUCAAUGUGGAGAAUGCAUUUUUCACUCUCGCCAGAGACAUCAAAGCAAAAAUGGACAAAAAAUUGGAAGGCAACAGCCCCCAGGGGAGCAACCAAGGAGUCAAAAUCACACCAGACCAGCAGAAAAGGAGCAGCUUUUUCCGAUGUGUUCUUCUGUGAGGAAUUCAGCCUUACUCUGAUCCUUGCUCAGCUGAGCUGACUGUGCCUGUUCUGAGUGAGCUCCUCACUCAGCCGGGGCCCUCCCAUCUCCAACGCCCCGUCCGCACCAUGGCCACUGGGCCCAUGGCCACUGGGCCCACAGCCACCAGAAUGCAAUUGAGAAAUUGUUUAUUUUAGUAACUGUCUGAUCUUUUUCAACUUUGGAGAUGGAAUAAGUUAAGAAUUUGCUAUUUUUUCUGUAACGUCCACUGAAGAAUGGGCCCACCCACGCAUCGAGUAUCCAGAAAGAGAGAGAGGGAGAUGGAGUCAAGAUGUGACCAGCACAAGAACCAGUGGCAGCCUCCAUCUCUGGGUCUGCAGUUCCUUGCCUUGCCAUGACGCAAAUCCCCACCAGAAAGCCCAUUCCCGUCCCCCACAGGCCAGUGGCAGUUCUGGGAGUGUCAGUCUCUGCACCAUGAUGGAAGUCGCCAAUCCCACCAGGAAGCGUCCGCCCACCAGACUGCUGCCCACUUCCUCUCAGUUUUGGACAAGUGACAAAAAUCAUUCCCCCUCUCCUCUCUUUUUUAACUGUUAAACCAAAGGGAAAGCACAAAUUAAGGAAAUCCUAUUUAAAGUGUUGAGAAGGAAAGAACCCUGGGCAGCUUCUGUUCACAGACAGGUUUAGGGCUGCAGUCCAGCCAGGCCCAUCGGCCGUCCAUGUCUGAGCACCAAGGGGACACUGUGCGUACCACAGGUGACCCUAAAAACAUACCUGCCACGUAGUCCUCCUACAAUGGGGUCACUCUUCUCAGCACCAAAAUGGCCCCCACUCCGCAUCCUCCUGCUGUCUCCAAAUCGGACACCCUUCCUAGCUGAGAUUUUUAUUUUUCCAUAUUCAUAAUGCCAUGAAGUGAUUCCAUCUUUGAUUUCCAAUGUCAAACCUAGGUGAUUGGGAACAAGCUCCUAUUACCCCUAGCUGGAUGUGGCUAAAACAAGAGGCAUUCCAUGGCAAUGGGCUGCCCAAAGGCAGUCUGGGUUAGUUUUGAGCCAUCAUCAUUGGGUUCUGUUUUGACAGUUAGUGUCCCAUAGAGGGACUGCAGUUGGGACCAGGUCACCAGGCUGGAGGGGUGUCACCAGGGAGCCUUUUCUUCUGUUAGGGGUUUUCUUCCUUGACCUGCUGUCAAUCCAAGCCAUUGGCAUCAUGGUGUCUCUCUUUUUUUUUUUUUUUUUUUAUUAAAACCAAUGUACCAGCAAUAGUCUGCUCUCCCCUGGAAUCUCUAACAUGCUCUGUUUACAUUGAUAAAUGCACUUAAAGGAAAACAAACAAAUUAAAGCUCAUUAUCAAAUUCAUG